GCUCCAGUUUGUGUCCGGACUGCAGUCAUAUGAUUCCAUCCCGUCUGAGGCUCCUAUCUAGGGCUGUUAAUCAGGCCAGAGGAGCGCUUACGUCCUAAAAAGUUGCUUUGGAAAUGCCCUCAUUACACUGCAGGGAGCUGGUUUUCAGAUCCCAUUUUGGUGUUCAGUUUAUUUUACUUAAUUCCAUCUUUCUACUUUUGUUCAACAAACUGGCUUAUUGUGUGCUGGUGUAUACAUUUUAGAAUUCAUUCAUCAAUAUUCCAUUGUUCUGUUACACAUUUUUGGCAAGUGAAACACACUAAAAAGUUGUUUCAUUUGGCAAACUCUGGUCUGGUCUUUAAAAAAUAUAUUGUGUUUUCUACUGCAUUUUCUUUACAUUGAAAGCACUUGAAAUUGAAGUUACAAGAUGAUAGUGGCAUCAUUUGCCUGGGAUGUGCUUCUGCACUUUCUGGUCAGCAGCCCUCGAAGACGAGUUUUUCCUGUCCCGGAUUAGAUUUCUGCGGUCAAGUGUAGGUUUUACUGAUCUGAUUAGUAUUGAUUUUCUACCUCAAAAAACCUGUUUUAUACCAUGAAACCCAUCAAGGAAAGCUUGAAAGCUAAUUUCUCUGUAUGCAAGAUUAAUGAUCGAUGACAUGUUAAGUCCACUACUCCUUCAGUUAGAAUGUAAACUAGUGCAUUACGCUGCUCUCUCCACUUAAUAUCUAAAAGGAUUGUCCAAUAUAAACCACAUUUUAAUUGCAUUCUAACCAUUGUAUGGUGAGAAAUAUUUGUGUCUCGCCGGCCUGUGCUCAAUAUGCUACAGGCUAAGCGUUUUAAGUCCAAGUGAAGGUGCACUCAGCUGUGUGUCAGUAGCUUUUCACGGUAAGUGCUUUACUCUGACAGAAGGUUUUAGUUCCCAGGAGUUUGUUUCAGCCAGCAGUCCGUUAGAUUAUCCAUAAAUGCUCCCCUGUGUGUUCUUUACAUGAUGAUGAAUAAUGAACGUAUACAUGAAAUAUGGAUGGGGUUUGGUGAAAGGUGUAUUUGUUUAUUAGCUGGUUUUUGAUACACCCUUCCUGUUGUUUGAUCAGUCCUCCGUUUCAUUCCCAACAUGUUAGCAGAGUGAGGCAAGGAUUCAGAAAUCACACCCUCAUAGCAUCUUGUAGCAACAAGAGGAGUACAGACGCUGGUCACAUUGUAGGAGGCAGCACACUAACUGCUUGGAGACCAGCAGCAGUUGCUUAGCAAAGAGAUGUAGCGACUAAAUAGAGGGAGGGACUUGGGGAGCGAGUCAGCGCGGAGAAUGCUGAAAUGGAGUGAGUGGAGCCCGGCUGAUGGAGGAUGGAAUAAAACAGCUGAUUGCGUGGUGUUUUGAACAGGUUGAUGCUGGAGGAAAGGGAGCAGCGAGUGGGAGGGGGAGCGCGCGCAUCACAGCUGAAUGUAUUAUCAGCAGCUGCUGCUUCUGUCAUGUGAGCAGCAGGAUAGGGAGGGAGAGGUGGAGCGCAGGCACCUUGCUCAGUUAGCGUAAUACUCUGACUGAAGAUGGAUUUAGCCGUGGACGCCUAAUGGCAGCAUGAGACGCGAGCUUCUGCCAUCCCGCCCCGGACAGACUGGCACAGGCAGGUUGUAACGUGGCAACCCCCCGCUACAUGCCUACUCCCAGGAUGCCUACAUCCGUGGCCAAAGCAGUUACAGUGGAAAUGCCUGUCACAUUCCGGUACCACCCCCCAUAUGUUACCCCAGAGUAGACUGUAGGCCUACGGGCAUGUCCCAGGGUCCUGACUUGUUGGGGCCAGGCUGCAGAGGGUCAUCAGCAGCCCCUGACUAUGGGUACCGCAAGGAGAUCACUGUGCCUCCUUCUCCCCCUCCUCCGACGAAAGCAUAUCCCAAAAGCCAAAUGGCAGUGUGUAUGCGAAACGAUGGCGUAAGGACUGUGGUGGUUCCACCUGAGACCGCCCACAUGGGCCGUAUGGGUCCUACCCAAAGAAUGGAUUUUGUGGACCCUGCCUUUGUCAGUCGGAGGCCAGCAUCAUUGGCUCAGUAUCCUCACCAGAGGAAGAUGGACCUUUAUCCCAGCGGCCCAGGAAUGGUUCUUUAUGGAGGUCCUACCCCCCACCACCCGGUCAACAGUCAGAAUAUCGACUGGCGCACUUAUCAAACAUACAGAGAAUACAUUGACAACAAAGGCAUCCACUCCCAUGGCAGUCGGACUAUACAGGAACGGCUAGACAGCCUGCGGACAGCCAGUCAACCCUUUGGGGCUGCACACCAUAUUCCCCGGGGAGACUGGGUGGCCAAGGAAAUGCGAAGGAGGAGUACUUCUCAUGAACGGUCUUUUCAAGGACCUCCACCUCACUUUCAAAUCCCCCCUCGCAGUGCCUCACAGGAUCGUAUCAGUGGUACAGAGAGAUUGAGUCAAGGAAGGAAUUGGCCACCUCGCAGUGCGUCACAAGAUGGUCUCGUGCACAAAGCCCGCGCCCAUUCUGUGGACUAUGUCGACCCAGUUGAGCUGUCCCAGCCAAAUCGUAGGGAUUCAAGGAAGGGAUAUGGCAGGACAGACCCCAACUCGCGCCCCAGCAGGCAGCCUGUUCCAAGACAUGCAAUCCUCUCACGGCCAUCAUUUGGACCCAACAGUGGCUUGAGAGGGGUCCAGAAUCCUCCGCUUUACACGAAAGGACCAGAUUCUCGCUCCUCACCCAUGCUUUCAGAUAGACAUUUACAAUUGGGAAAAAGGACUGAAAAUUCUGUGGCUGACCAAAGAGUUUUAGUCAAAGGUGCAGGCCACGCUGUUCAGCAGGGACUGAGCAGGAUGCGAUCUGAAUCUCUAAACCCUGUUGAGGCAAACAGAGACCUUGUUUCGGUUGGCCAUCGAUCCUCCUCAUGCUCUGCGCCAAAACAGAUCAGUCAGAAGCCCAGCAGCAUCCAACAACCCCACAAAGAGUCUCAUAGUCAGGUUAACGGACGCGCUCCCUCAGAGACGGGGGUGGUUCUCAGGGAGAAGCCCCCGUCAGGAAAGAACCCAAGCCCUCUGCGUCACCCCUCGUACAUAUUGGCUGUGAACGAUGAAGGAACAGACCCAAAUACAGAUGUGAUAGCAUGUUGGCUUCCCAAUGAUACGCGCCGUGAGAUCCACAUGCGACGACUUGAGGAACAACGCCACACCUCCUGCUCCAGCAACCUGGACGAAUCCCUCGACUCCAUUCCUUUCAUUGACGAACCGGUCAGUCCCAGCGUGGACCGGGAAGCGGCUCCUAUUCCCCCCUCUGCUGUGAUAUCUGUCGCACCUUCGAUCGCCACGGACCUCUCCAGUCAAGGCUCUCCCUGCCCCCCCAUUCGCAGACAGCUGUCACAUGACCAAGAGUCUCUUCGAAGUGCUUUGCUUGAGUCUGACACGGCGAGCCGGUCAGAGCGCUCUAAAUCUUACGACGAGGGCCUGGAUAACUACCAAGAUGAGAGUCGAGGGCGAUCGUCUAGUCGGCACAUGCCCAGUCUCAGAAGCCUAAAGAAGGCUCUGGAUGGUCAUAAAUCUUCUGGGGACUCCGCUAACCGAAGAGACUCUUCAACUGAUAUCUUUGCUGAUUCCAGUAAAGAAGGAUUGCUCAACUUCAGGCAGCGCAGCACGGACAAAAACAAGCGUGUUGGUGGAGGAAUGAGAUCAUGGAAGCAGAUGUAUACAGUCCUGCAAGGUCACACGCUGACCCUCUACAAGGACCGGAAGGAAGCGCUCUCUCAUGUGGCGACGCAGGUCGAAGAGGAGCCUCUGCGGAUUAGCAUCAAGGCCUGUUUGAUUGACAUCUCCUACAGCGACACCCGGCGCAAGAACGUGCUGCGACUCACCACGUCAGACUGCGAGUACUUGUUCCAGGCAGAAGGGAGGGAAGAAAUGCUCACCUGGAUCCGAGUCAUACAGGAAAACAGUAACAUAGAUCAAGAGAACUCUGAUGUGACAAGUCAAGACCUGAUAAGUCGAAAGAUUAAAGAGUACAACAUGAUGAGCACCCCCAGUAGCAGGUCUGAACCGUCUCCCAAACCCUCCCGCCAGUCGCUCAGCAUCAAACAAGCCUUCCUCGGUGGUAAAACGGAGAGCAAGUCUCACAGCCCUCACUCGCCAAAAUCAGAGGAGCGCAGGCCGCUUAGAGAUGACUCCAGUCCACCGAGGGACAGGGCGGCCAGGAAAACAAGAAAACUAGCAGGGAUUAUGAGGAAGCCCUUUGAAAAGAAGCCCCCUGCCGGGGUCACGUUUGGGGUGCGGCUGGAUGACUGUCCUCCUGCUCAGUCCAACAGAUUCGUCCCUCUGCUUGUGGAGCUGUGCUGCACGGUGGUGGAGGAGCGAGGCCUGGAGUACACUGGCAUCUACAGGGUGCCAGGGAACAAUGCUUCCAUCUCCAGCAUGCAGGAGGAACUGAACAGCAAAGGCAUGACUGACAUCGACAUCCAAGAAGAUAAAUGGCGGGACCUCAAUGUCAUCAGCAGCUUGCUCAAGUCCUUUUUCAGAAAGCUUCCAGAACCAUUGUUUACAAAUGAAAAAUAUAAUGAGUUUAUCGAAGCCAACAGAACGGAGGACUCUGUUGUGAGACUAAAGGAGCUCAAGCGCCUGAUCUAUGAGUUACCGGAUCAUCACUUUGAAACCCUGAAAUUCCUUUGCGCUCAUCUGAAGAAGGUUUCUGACAACUGUGAGAAGAACAAGAUGGAACCUCGAAAUCUUGCCAUUGUCUUUGGGCCCACGCUGGUCCGAACAUCUGAAGACAACAUGACCAACAUGGUCAGCCACAUGCCUGACCAGUGCAAGAUAGUGGAGAACUUAAUCCAGCAGUUUGACUGGUUUUUCACAGAGGAGGGCGAUGAGGACCCUGUGACCACCACAGAGCAGAAAAGCACGGUGCAGUCACAGCCCGUUCCCAACAUCGACCAUCUGCUCUCAAACAUUGGACGGACAGCAGCGUCGCCGGCCGAAGUUUCCGAUUCAGCAUGUUGUGACUCCACCAAAUCAAAGAGCUUGUGGGGGUCAGGGAAGGAUCAGUGUAGACAAGAGAUGCUGCGCUCUUCCUUCUUCGUCAGCCGCAAACGUAAGAAGCCCAAGGACAAAGCUCUUCCGAGCAGUUCAGAUGACGACCUGGACGGCGCGUACUCCAAGAAAGACCUGCCGGGGGAAAGAGCUCCGCAGAGUCUGUGGUCCCCAGACAGCCGGACGGAGGAGGAGACCGAUGACGCCAGUGAAAAGGAAAAGGACAAGAACAGCUCGGAGGAACAGCUGGACCAGACGGACAGCAAAGAGUUUCUCUCCGACAGCCUCACGCAACUCUCCACCUCGAUGCCUUCUCAGCAUCUGGACAUCAGCUCUUCUAAGACUCAGACUGGCUCACCGUACGCUUCGCCCUCACACUCCCCGGGACUCAGUUACCACAUCCCCAUGACACACCAGACUUCGCUGUCGGACCCUCAGUCCACCUAUGACGACACGGUCUCGGACCUGGGUACGAUGAACAGUACCAGCUCGCAGGCCUCGGCGCCCCGCCUGAGGCGCGGCAGGACAACCGCUCUGGGGUCGGAGGCGAGCGGCAGCUGCCUGGGAGCGGAGGUCUGUUCCAUCACUUCGGACUACUCCACCACUUCCUCCAUGACGUUCCUGACCGGCGCCGAGCUCAGCACCAUAAGCCCGGAGGUGCAGUCCGUCACAGAAAGCAGAGGAGACGACGCCGACGACGAGAGAAGCGAGCUCAUCAGCGAGGGCCGGCCGAUGGAGACGGACAGCGAGAGCGACUUGUCUGUGUUUACAGUCCGGAAAGAGAGUGGCUCAGUGGAGCGAGUGCAGCCGGAACCCCGCCCCCUCCCCUCACAUAGACUCAUUGAAUGUGACACGCUCUCGCGCAAGAAAUCGGCUCGACAGAAAACCGACAGCGAGUCGUCACUGGACACCACCCGCAGCGACAAAGACUCCAGUAGACUCUCACAGAUUCUGGGCUCGGUGAAGAGUCUCAGCUCCUCGUCCAAAGGCGAGCUGGACAAGACGGAACCCGCGUGGCGGCUGAAGAUCACAGACCGGCUGAAGGUGCGCCUGCGGAUGUCAGUGGACGACAUGUUCGGGGUGGGCAGCCAGAGGUCCUCGGAGGCCCGCAGCAAGAAGAAGAACAUCAGACGGAGGCACACGAUGGGUGGACAGAGGGACUUCGCCGAGCUGUCUGUGCUGGGAGACUGGACACAGCAGGACAUCAGCUCCAGCUGUCGAUCCGAACUGUCGGCUGUGGACCGUCUGAAGCCCAAGUGCAGCUCUCAGGACUUUUCCAUCGGAGACUGGAUUGCUCGCGAGCGCCACCGCACCAGCAACCCGGAGGUCAGUUUGGACUUCUCGGAAGGCGGGCUGCACGCGACAAGCUCCCAAAACCUGGGAGCGUCGUCGUCCUCCUCCUCCGAGACCCAGCAGACGGAGUUGCUGAACGGGGAGCUUCCGCCGAGUAAAAACCUGAGCCUGUCGGCCACGGCUCACCCUCACAAGCUGGCCAGUUCCCAGGUGGUCCACUCGCGCUUCUAUCAGUACCUGUGAUGAGCGUCAGAUGUGCGUGACUGUUUUUUUUUGUCCGAGACGUGUGGAGCUCUGUCAGCGUCAUCCCUGUUGUGUGAGCAGUGUUUGUGAAUGAGCAUGUUGUACAGGACCGUUGCGCUUGCUCGUGUGAAAGGCAUGGAACCAAAUGACCUGUGGACAGUUCAUUUUUUAUUUUUACAGGAGGGAGAGAAGAUGAAGAUUUUAAAGGAGCUCUAGGUUUUAAGCGAUCAGAUUGAGUAGAUUUGUAAGUGGGAGGAGUCGCAGGCAGAUUGUUAGCGAUGUGGCUACAGGAUUUGCGAGUGAAUAGAAAGUAGUUCCGAGACUUUUAGGAUUGAAAAUGAACUAUUUUUGUGAAAAGAUGACUAAUAACGUCGGUGAAUCGGUAACCAAAUGAAGAAUGUACAGAGGCGCCUGCUGUUCUAGCGACUAAAAGCUUUAGAUGCUUGUUCGAGUGUACAUACUUUAAUUUUUCUGUUUACUUGAAUGAUGUUCUCGGUACAGGAAGACGACGAGCCCCUCAUUCUUGCGGCGGCUUUUCCAAAGGUACAAGGCUCAUAAGGAGACACUGGACUUAUGCAAAAAAGAAAAAAUAAUCGAGUUAGAAUUCAUCUCAUUCUGUCUAAGAGCAGUGAACAACGACCCUCUGAUGCAAAUGUGAUGCCGUGUCUGUGAUUUAGGGGAGAAGAAAAAAGAACAAAUGGGAAAGACUUAACUCACAAGGAAGUGCCUCUCAAUGAAACACUCUGGGUGCCAUACUGUCUUUGUCGAGCUGCAAGGAGAUGUUACUGUGAAUGACAGUUUGUCGUCGACUCAGUCAUCGGACAGGUUUUUUUUUAAAUGCCGAGCUUCCGGUCUUUAAGGCAUUCCACUCCGGUCUUAACAUGUUUUUGUCAUUUUAUUCCGCUCCUUUUAAUUUUAACAGAACUUGAAUGAUGUAAAAGAAAGAAAAAAAAAUCAUGUACAUAGAUGCCAUCUUUUAGCUGCUUUGUUUUGCUUUUUCCAUCAUUUGCAGGGUUGAGUACAGUAUUGUGAGACGAUGACGCACAUGUAUGUUUGGUACUUCUCUGGAGAGGAAACACUUGGAGUUGGAACAUCUGUGUCUACGCUGUGUUCCUUGGACUGUGAGACCACUCACGGACUCGUGAAACACUGGAAAUAAACUUUGU